AUGGAUACGACUUCGGCUGCCGCUUCGCCCUCCUCACAAGCACCAAGGGCAGCCGUAGAGUCCAUCGAAGCCCGCAAUGCUCGCUUCGACGAGAUCACCAAGGAGUUGCGCAGUCGCCGCCUUGGCUGUACCGAGUACAUGAACGCUAUCGGCGAGAUCCUGCCGCAUCUGGCCAACCCUGCCGGCAUCCUGACACCAGCCCGGUUUGUUGAGCUCGCAGACUCGAUCAACUUUUACAACCCCGCGGAACGCAAGGAGCUGCUGCCCGGGCUCGAAUGGGCAGUUCGACCCUGGAUCCCCGUCGGCUAUGAGCAGACGACGCUCUACCGCCUGGUUCCAUCUCUCGACAGGCUGGUACCGCAGAGCAGCGAGUGUCCUCAGACAAGCUAUCAAGUCCUCGACACUGCAUUUCUCGGCGUAAACACGACGGUGCAGCCGCGUGAGCCGGCUCGGCCGCUCAACCGCCGCGCCCCCAAUCUCUCGGAACAGUCCACCCAGUCGGCGGAGUCGGACGGCGCAGAUGCCCCGGGCUUUGUCUUCCACCAGCUCGGCGCGCUGGAGUGCGUGGAAUGCGAGACCGCCGCUGAGAUGCCGUCGACUUUGGAGCAAGGCGACGAUUCAGAUGACUGGGAACCGACCGGCUUUGCUGUCGUGGCCCGGCUGAGCCCCGCCGGUCGCAUGGACGGGGUAUACGCCAUAUACAACAUGAACCCAGUCGAUCUGGACACUUUCAAGCGGGAGCCAGUGACGAACGCAACAUGGGGCAUCCCGCCCAGCUCGCCUGAAGAGCAAUUCUCGUGCGCGCGGAUCGGCAACAAGCUGGGAGAUUUCGGUUUCAAGUUUGAGUUGGCCUGGACGGAGCAGGUCCACCAUCCAGUCGAGUUGGUGAGGGCAGUCAGAUCGUCCACCGGUGGUGCGAUGCGUAUCACGGUCGACAAUAACUACAGGGAGCACAUGUAA